UCAGUCACCGGCACACAAGUCAACUCAGAACAGAAUUCAAUUCGGAAAUUUCCAGAAAGCUAACAAAAAUAAAGUAGAUUUACAGAAACGAGAGUUUGUUAUUUAUAUAAAAACAAUGUCCGCCGACGAAGCGCAGUUCGACAACGUAUUACUGGCCGUGGCCGAGAAGCAUCGUGGCGGCGUGCCCGACUUUCUGCACACAUUGGCCAGCUUCUUGCGUCGCAAAACCGAUUUCUAUACAGGUGCCAAACAGGCCGAGUGGGAGAAACUGCUGCUGGACGUGUUCCGCAAAGAGUCCCAGCUGGCCAUGGCCGCCCACGAGGAGAAAGUCAAAGUACGCCAAGCGGCACAGCGUAUGAAGGAUGAGAAGGAGCGUGCCGAGCGCGAGGCGCGCCAAAAGGAAAUGGACGACAACAAGAUUUGUGAUAUAAGCGACGAGGAGGCCGCUGCCAUCAUCAAAGAGGAGGAGGACAAAAAACGACAGCAGCUGCUGGAUGGCGCCGGCGGCGACUCGGCGAGUGUGACAGCCGCCAAUGAAGACAUUUCCAAGCCCAUUGAAAAGGUCGAGGAUGAGACCGAAAAGGAUGAAAUUGGCAAAUUGAAGCCAAACGCAGGCAACGGCUGCACUCUGGAUAAAUACAUGUGGACACAGACGCUGCAGGAGGUGGAGCUGAAGAUUCCCUUCAAUGUGGCAUUCGCUUUGCGCGCUCGCGACAUUGUGGUCAGCAUUGGCAAGAAGUCAUUGAAAGUGGGCCUCAAAGGUCAAGAGCCGAUCAUCGAUGGCGAGCUCUGCGGCGAGGUCAAGCAGGAGGAAUCGGUUUGGGUGCUCCAAGACAGCAAAACUGUGCUGAUCACGCUCGAGAAGAUCAAUCGCAUGAACUGGUGGAGCCGUUUGGUAACCACAGAUCCAGAGAUAUCCACACGCAAGAUCAAUCCAGAGCCAUCCAAGCUAUCCGAUCUGGAUGGCGAGACGCGCAGCAUGGUCGAGAAAAUGAUGUACGAUCAGCGUCAAAAGGAGAUGGGUCUGCCCACCAGCGAGGAUCGCAAGAAACAGGAUAUACUAGAGAAAUUCAAGCAACAGCAUCCCGAAAUGGACUUCUCCAAGUGCAAAUUCAAUUAAAAUACAAUUUACAGGACUUUCGUAUUCCACAAGUUUUCUCAACUUCAGUAUCUAACACACACAACACACACACACACACAUGCACACAUUUGACAUGUGUGCCUCUGCAUUUUUUCUACACUUACAAAUAAAUUAAAUACAGUUUGUUAGAAAUGUUAAAUAAAACAAAUUGU